CUGCCGCCCGAUCUGCUCAAGCCGCGCCGCAGUCCUCCAACGUUCAGAACCACCGCGCGAUGGACGGUGAUGGGCGGAUUGUUCACCAGGUCAUCAGUGCAUGGCGGGUGGAGGAUGACGGGCAGCACCGCCUCACAGAGAACGGCAGACCGAUUGUCCCCCAGCCCCAGGUCAUCAGCGCAUGGCGCGUGGAGGAUGGCAGGCAGAGCCGCCUCACGGAGAACGGCGGACCGAUUGCCCCCCAGGUCAUCAGCGCAUGGCGCGUGGAGGAUGGCGGGCAGAACUGCCUCACGGAGAACGCAGGACCGAUUGUCCACCAGGUCAUCAACGCAUGGCGUGUGGAAGAUGACUCUCAGAAAGGAGAGACGCUCAACAACUCGAAGUACAACUAGGCGAUUUUUCUUCUCCUAAAAUAAGGUUUAGUUGGUUGUUGCCGAAUAAAUAGAACUUCUCUGUUUAGGGCGAACACAAGGGUUAUUAUCUUCUUCAGUACAUCCGCAGCUAGGCUUAGAACAUCUCCAACAGCCGCCCAACGUGCGGCGGUAAAAACUGAUUUGCGGCACGUCCAUCACGAGGUUUGGUGUGGCGGGCAGCGCUGACUUCAGUAGCUGUGGUAAAAUACAGCGCGCGCAGCUCCUGCAGCGUGCGCGAGCAACCGGCGCAUGUCACAUUUGUUGCAUUUUAGACACAAAAUAAAUUUCACAUAGAUAUAAAAACGAUA